GUGGGGUGUGGUUCCCGGCGAGGGGCGGAGCUGGGGAUGGCGUCCGCGGCGGCUCGGCGGCUGGCCUGGCUAUCAGUCCGACCUGGGGCUCUCUGGACCGGGCCGAGGGGGAGGAGAAGUGGCGAUGUCUACACCGUACCGGGCAGCUCAGGUCUCAGCCAGGUACCGUCGAGGUCAGUCAUCGUCACUCGCAGCGGCGCCAUUUUGCCCAAGCCGGUGAAAAUGUCCUUCGGUCUUCUCCGUGUGUUCUCCAUUGUGAUCCCCUUUCUCUAUGUUGGGACACUCAUUAGCAAGAACUUCGCGGCUCUACUUGAGGAGCAUGACAUUUUUGUCCCAGAGGACGAUGACGAUGACGAUUAACAGGGCACAGGGAGUGUAGGAGGAAGCACGGAUGAAUGGAGUGGUGGCAUGCUCAGCUCCUUCCGUCGGCAGAAGGGUCAAGGAAAGCCCUCAGCCUCACCUCUCAUGGUUUGUGACAACAGCCCAGAAUCCUGUGCUCUGGGAGGUUCCCUCACGCUGUCUACAGAGCACUGGAAGUAACAAGCAAGCAAAUUAUGAGUAUAUAAUAAAUGAGUCAUGGAUGAUGAAA